CCUAAUAAAGCAUUUUUUCUCUUUCUUUUUAUUAUUACUAUUAUUAUUAUUAUGCCUGUAGCUGUUAAACCUUUGCCUGUUACUGUCUUUACUGGUUUCUUGGGAAGUGGUAAAACAACCCAGAUCUUGAACUUGCUCAACCGUGUUCCUAAAGACUACAAAGUGUGUUUAUUAAAGAAUGAAUUUGGAGAUAUUGCUGUCGAUAGUCAGUUGGCAAAAGAAACCAACGUAGGUGUGCAAGAAAUGGUCAAUGGUUGUAUGUGUUGUGUCUUGGUUGGACAAAUGAAACUAGCUCUUCAAGAAUUAAGAGAUCAAUACAAUCCUGAUAGAAUCAUUAUCGAAACCAGCGGUUCAGCUUUUCCUGCACCUAUCGCUUGGCAAAUCAGAGAAAUGGCAGACGAUGGUUUUGUUCUAGACUCAAUUAUUACCGUAGUUGAUUGUGAAAACUUUAAAGGUUAUGAGGAUACAAGCUAUACUGCUAAAUUACAAGCACAAUAUACUGAUGUGAUCUUGCUCAACAAGCAUGAAUUGGUCAAUGAACGUCAAUUGGACGACGUACUUGACCAUGUCAAUGUGCUCAAUACAGACACACCCAAGGUCAAGUGUGACAAGAAUGGCGUUUCGCCUGAUCUUGUGUUUGGACUCGAUACACAGUUAUUUAAAGUGGGUUAUGAUAAGCACAAAACGUUAGAGGAAUCUGUUUUUGACCCUCAUCAUCAAGAAAACGAAGUUGAUCUCAUUCAGAUUUUGCAGUCUGUAAAUGAUCAGAGAUUGUCUUUAGCAGCAUUCGAGGACUUUUUGAAAUCGAUGCCCAAGGAAGACAUCUAUCGUAUCAAAGGGUUUAUUCGUCUGCAAGAUGCUCCAUUGUCUAUUGUGAAUCACGCUUUUGGUCGCUGGACCUUAACACCUGUUGAAAAUGAAGAUACUCUGGAAAACACAAAAGAUGUUCAAAUCAAAAUUACUGUGAUGGGUCAAGAUCUUAGAAUGUAUACAGAAAAAGUAAAGAUUUUACUUCAUGGUGGACAAGGUGACAUCAAAUUGACGCCUGCACACCGUCAUUAGAUUAUUUGUAGAAUAAAAACAUAUAGAAGGUUGUGUUCUGCCUUUGGCUAAAAUUUA